AUGUCUUCACUGUCCACUGUGAAGAGAAAAGAUGGGAUGCACGCUUGUUACUGGUGGGGAGGAACGGUGAAGGAUGUUUACCACAUGGCACCUGCUGGGGAACUGUUUAUGUCCCAGAGCGUGAUGGAGGGGAUUGGACUUGCAAUGUGUAUGUCACGUCUCAGUCAGACUGAGGGACGACUGCAUGCAGUCCCACACGAUCUCCAGAGCAGACACCAAACGCCUAGCGAUCCUGUUUUAGCUCCAGAUAAGCGCUAUAGCGACCGACACAAGCCACUUUCUCAACUGCUGGCAGAGGAGGAGGAGGAGGAGGAGGAGGACAAUUCCACCCAGAUUGUUGAUGCUGACCAUGUCUACUAUACGUCUAAAAUCUACGGUUCYGGAGAUGCGCUAAGCCAAAACCUUUGGGCGGAUGUCGGUCAGACAGACAGGGAAAAGUGGAGAGUCCUCCAGUUUCUGUCCAGCUCGCACAGACAAGCAGAGAGAGUGAAUCUUUCAUUCAUCUUUCCUUUUUAUGGUCACCCACUGAAAGAGAUCACAGUUGCUACUGGAGGUUUCAUUUACACUGGAGCUGUAAUCCAUCAGAUGCUCACAGCCACUCAGUACAUUGCUCCCUUGAUGGCCAACUUUGACCCCAGCAGAAACUCCACUGUGUUAUAUUAUGACAAUGGAACUGCGCUGGUCGUUCAGUGGAACCGAGUCCAGCUCCGGGACAUCAGUCUGGGAACUUUCACCUUCCAGGCCACUUUGCACAGUGAUGGACGGAUUGUUUUUGCCUACAAAGAGAUUCCCAUCGCCGUCAAUGACAUCAGUUCUGAGAACCAUCCUGUCAAAGUGGGCUUGUCGGAUGCGUUCGUGGUGCUUCAUAACAUCAAACAGAUUCAUAAUGUACGUCGGAGAACCAUCUAUGAGUAUCAUAGAAUAAACAUCCCAAAGUCCAAAAUCUGCAGCUCCACUGCAGUGGAACUGCUCCCCCUCCCAACCUGUCUGCAGUUCUCCAGCUGCGGCCCAUGUGUCACCUCUCAGAUUGGGUUUGACUGCAGCUGGUGCAGUCGCCUACAGAGAUGCUCCAGUGGCUUUGACAGAAAUCGUCAGGAGUGGGUCGACCUCGGCUGCCUAGAGGAGAGGCGUGAUCCACGAUGUCUCCCGAUGACGAACGUCAAAACUGGAACAUCACGCCGCGUGUCGUUUCCUUCUACAUCUGCUUCAAAGCAGCAGAGGACCUUAAACAUGACGCCCACCCCCGCGAGCAAGACAUCCACCACCAAYGAGCUUUUAUCACACAGCAGAUCUGGCAGCAGGGACAAAUCAAGUGAACAGCCACCAGCCAACACAUCUGCAAAUGGGAUAGCUGCACACUGA